AAAACAAUGAUCGAGAGGAGAGAGAAAGAAUAGGUGAAUAUCCGCUUUCUCUCUCUAAAAGCUUUGAAGACCCCCUUUCUCUCUCUUUAAACCUAACCACCCGAUUCGUAUUCAUUAGCCCAUACCCUAGUGUCCCUCACCACUAUCUCCGCUUCUCCUCCGUUCCUACACUGGCGGAAUUCCUCUCCUCCCCCAUUUACCGGUGACUUUUGGCUGGAAAUUUCCACUCUCCUUCAACUUUCGUCGACCAGUGUCUUCCUACUCUCCUCUUCUGCGUUUUCUGGCGAUUUUUUGGCUGGAAUUUGGCCCGGAUCUUGAAAUGGGAACCUACAAGAUGUGCGUUUGCUUCACGAGGAAGUUCAAGGGUGGUGAUACGGAGCCGCCUGUAGAUGUGAAGAAGGCAUUUGCGAAUUACUCGGAAAGUGGAUACAUGGGGGCUGAGCAUUUGAGGAGGUUCAUUGUUGAGGUUCAGAGGGAAGUAGAAGUUUCCAUCAAAGACGCAGAGAACAUUAUUGAUCAGAUCAGACAUCGCAGGCACCUUGGCAAGUUUAAGAAGCCAGUUCUCUCUCUAGACGAUUUCUUCCAUUACCUCUUCUGCCCUGAUCUCAACCCUCCCAUGAAAUCAGAGAUUCACCAUGACAUGACCGCUCCAUUGUCCCACUAUUACAUAUACACAGGUCAUAACUCCUAUUUAACAGGAAAUCAACUCAGUAGUGACUGCAGUGAUGUACCAAUUAUAAAAGCCCUGGGAAGAGGUGUUAGAGUUAUUGAACUGGAUAUCUGGCCAAAUUCUACCAAAGAUGAUGUGCAUGUUCUUCAUGGAAGGACAUUGACCACUCCAGUAGAGCUCAUCAAAUGUUUGAAAUCCAUUAAGGAACAUGCAUUUUCUGUAUCUCAAUGUCCUGUGAUAAUAACUCUUGAAGAUCACCUGACUCGGGAACUGCAGUGUAAAGUUGCACAGAUGGUCCAUGAAACCUUCAGUGACAUACUAUUUUACCCAGAGUCAGAAUCUUUAGAGGAGUUUCCUUCACCUGAUUCAUUGACGGGACGGGUAAUCCUAUCAACCAAACCGCCAAAAGAAUUCUUAGAAUCCAAGAACAUGAAUGGAGAAGGUAAUGUAUCAAAAAAGGAAAUGCAUUCCAAUGAAGAAGCAGCAUGGGGGAAAGAGAUCGCAAACCUUAGCAUGACGCGUGAACCUGAUGAUAAGAACGACAGUGACCAAAGUAACCAUCCGGAAGAGGAUGAGGAUGAAGAUGACCUGAAAUCGAGCCAAAGUCUAGAGAGAGGGCCGGCGCCUGAAUACAAGCGUCUCAUCACAAUUAGGGCUGGAAAGGCCAAGGGAGAGCUCAAAGAUGCCCUUAAACAGGAAGUUAAUCAAGUUCGACGUGUUAGCCUGAGUGAACCCCAGCUAGAAAAAGUUACGGCAUCCUAUCCAGCUGAUGUUGUCAGGUUCACCCAGAGGAACAUUUUAAGGAUAUACCCAAAGGGCUCGCGUGUUGACUCCUCCAACUACAAUCCAUUAAUUGGAUGGACCCAUGGAGCUCAGAUGGUUGCAUUUAAUAUGCAGGGGUAUGGCAGAUCGCUGUGGUUGAUGCAAGGAUUUUUUAGAGCAAAUGGAGGGUGUGGAUAUGUUAAGAAACCUGAUUUUCUGCUGUCAAAUGGUCCAGAUGAUAAUGUUUUCAACCCUAAGCAAAAGCAUCCAGUUAAGAAGACCUUGAAGAUCAAAGUAUAUAUGGGGGAUGGAUGGCGCUUGGACUUUGACCAGACACACUUUGACACAUACUCUCCCCCUGAUUUCUAUACAAAGGUUGGCAUAGCUGGUGUGCCAGCUGAUAACAUAAUGAAGAAGACAAAGGCGAUCGAAGAUGAUUGGUCACCUGUUUGGAAUGAGGAGUUCUCUUUCCCCUUAACCGUUCCAGAGCUAGCUUUGUUGAGGAUAGAGGUGCACGAGUAUGACAUGUCUGAGAAAGAUGACUUUGGUGGUCAGAACUGUUUGCCUGUAUCGGAACUGAGGCCUGGUAUCCGAGCAGUUCCCCUAUUCGACAAGAAAGGAGAGAAAUUAAAGUCAGUAAAGCUUCUUAUGCAGUUCGAAUUUGUGUAGCACUGAUUGCUUGGGCUGGUAGUGUGUAGAAACAAUUUGUGCUUAGCCUGGUAUCAUCUCGUAUAUAAAGUUGUUAUAACUAUUAUUAUAUCAAGGAGCUUGUUCUCUGUAUAACUUGAGCUUCUAUGUAUGUAUAAUUUUGUGUAUUGUGGUUGUAUUCAUCUCUAUCCAUGUCCAAGUUGGUUGCA